AUGCUUAGUAGUAGUUCUGAAGAAUAUGACUCUAACCUAUCUAAUGACGAUGAUUGGGUCGAUAUCUUUCUUAAAGGCUUUUCUAAACCAAUUCUUGGCAAAGUCGAUAUGAUGUACAUAGAUGACUCAUUUAAUCUUUUUGGACUAGCCGAUAUUAUUAAGGAGUUUGAUAGGUCUAUUCAAAUCAUCCGAGGUCUAGCCGCCCAACGGUUCUCUGAAACGGACAAAACCCUCUAUUAUUUGAUCCACCAAAGGUAUAUCUUAACCAAAGCCGGCCUAGAAGUUAUGUACAAUCUGAUAAAUAGAGAUAUCUAUGGCCGGUGCCAAAGACUCCGCUGCGAACUCUUCCCUCUUCUUCCUACUGGACUCAGUGAUUAUCCAGGCAAGUCCAAUACCAAGCUCUUCUGUUUCCAGUGCAAGGAACUCUACGAAUCAGUCGGUGAACUAGCUAAAAUUGACGGUUGCGCUUUCGGCCGAACUUUCCCCCAUCUGUUCUCUCUUAUCUAUAGCGAUUUCUUCCAUGAAACCAUCAAAACACCCCCUUACAUCCCUCGCAUCUUUGGAUUUCAAAUAGAUAGCUUACACCACGAAUAA